AUGUCGUAUGUAGUGUAUCCCGUAGCGAACUACAAGUUUGGCACGAAGGACGCGAAGGAGGAGAAGCCCGGUGGCCCGGACGCUCGCUGGCAGCGGCGGAGAGAGGCGUAUGAGACGUCGGGCGUGCGGAGGACCGUCAAAGCUGUGGUGCUGGUGCACGUGCACUCCCACCCGCACGUGCUCGUCCUCGUGGACCAGCGAGGCAUCGCCGACCUCCCAGGCGGACGGCUCAAGCCCGACGAGCCCGAGACGGACGGUCUGUGCCGGAAGCUCGACCGCCAGAUGGGUCCGAAGGAGUCGGACCUCGCAGUCAAGUGGGAGGUGGCAGAGUGUCUGGGAACCUUCUGGCGGCCCAACUUCGACCCCGUGCUGUACCCGUACCUGCCCCCGCACGUCACGCGGCCCAAGGAGAGCGUGCGCGUCUUCUUCGUGGGCAUCCCGGACCAGUGCCGCUUCCAGGUUCCCAAGAACUACACCCUCAAGGCCGUGCCGCUGUUCCAGCUGUACGACAACGGCCACAAGUACGGCCCGCUGCUCGGCGCGGUGCCGGUCCUGCUGUCGCGUUUGUACCUGCAAGCGGACGAGCAGGCCAUCAAGACGGAGGACUGA